GCGAUCUCGGGACUGAGGGCUUCCUCACCGCACACUUGUUUUUCCAGAGUAACUCGUGUUCUUCAAACGCGGUCCAAUAUGUUUCAACGGGAUCCCAGGGCGGGUGCCUUCCUUGGAGGCGACAGGGUAUCUGGACAGGACAUCCGAGAUCAAAAUGUACUCGCUGCUCAGACGAUCGCGAAUGUAGUGAAGAGCUCCUUAGGACCCUUGGGCUUGGAUAAGAUGCUCGUGGACAACAUUGGCGAAGUAACAAUUUCCAACGACGGCGCGACCAUCUUAUCUCUCCUACAAGUAGAGCACCCUGCUGGACGGAUAUUUGUUGAUCUUUCACAGAAGCAGGACAAGGAGGUGGGAGACGGGACUACGUCCGUGGUCAUCAUUGGCGCGGAGCUCUUGCGUCGUGCGAAUGAGCUUGUGAAGCAGAAAAUACACCCGACGACCAUCAUCACUGGUUAUCGUCUGGCUUGCAGAGAAGCGUGCAAGUUCUUACAGGAUCAGCUAAGCGUCAAGGUCGACGCGUUAGGCAGGGAAGCACUGAUCAACGUCGCAAAGACGAGUAUGGCGAGUAAGAUUAUCGGAGGAGAUGAUGACCUCUUUGCUCCCAUGGCUGUUGAUGCCAUGUUGGCAGUGAAGACAAUCAAUAGUCGUGGUGACAUCAAAUAUCCCGUCAAGGCCGUUAACGUCCUGAAGGCUCAUGGCCGCAGCGCAAGGGAGUCCUUGUUCGUCAAGGGUUACGCACUCAACUGCACGGUAGCCAGUCAAGCGAUGAAGAAAAGGAUAACAAACGCGAAGAUCGCCUGCUUGGAUAUUAAUCUACAGAAGGCUCGCAUGCAGCUGGGCGUGCAGAUUCUGGUGGACGAUCCCAAUCAGCUGGAGGAGAUCCGGAAAAGGGAGUCUGAUAUAACGCUGGAGCGUAUUCGCAAAAUCCUUGCUGCCGGGGCUAAUGUUAUCCUGACGACGAAGGGUAUCGAUGACCUCUGCCUGAAGGAGUUCGUGGAGGCAGGCGCAAUGGCUGUCCGUCGUUGUAGAAAAGAGGAUCUCCGGCGCAUUGCCAAAGCGACCGGUGGCACCCUUGUCUCCAGUCUAGCUAACCUGGAAGGUGAAGAGACCUUUGAACCCAGUUACCUCGGUACAGCAGAAGAGGUCGUCCAGGAGCGUAUUUCGGACGACGAGCUGAUCUUGGUGAAGGGCACGAAGGUUGUCAGCUCGGCUUCCAUUGUGUUGAGGGGAGCAAAUGAUUAUAUGCUGGAUGAAAUGGAGCGGGCACUACAUGAUACGCUUUCAGUUAUCAAGCGCACCUUAGAGAGCGGCUCUGUGGUACCCGGCGGUGGUGCCGUCGAGACUGCUCUGAGCAUUUAUCUGGAAAACUUUGCCACAACCCUGGGUUCCCGCGAGCAAUUGGCUAUCGCUGAGUUUGCCGGCGCGCUUCUAUCCAUCCCCAAAACACUCGCAGUCAACGCCGCCAAGGACUCAACGGACCUUAUCGCGAAAUUGCGAGCAUACCAUAAUGCAGCUCAGAAUGCCCCUGUCGGUGAUCCGAAGAAGGUCUUGCUGCGAUACGGCUUGGACUUGUUGAACGGCGAUGUCCGGGACAAUGUGGCUGCGGGGGUCCUUGAGCCUACCAUGAGCAAGGUCCGCAGCUUGAAGUCCGCUUUCGAGGCUGCAGUGUCACUCCUUCGUAUCGACGAUGCUAUACAAUGUGUGCCAGAACCUAAGCCGGAGGACGAUGGUCACGGUCAUUAAGCCGUGGUAGGGAUCUAAGGAGGUCGAAGUGUACGCAUAAAGCAAGACAGAUAAAUCAUAACUCGCGUGCUUCUAUCGCACAGGGCUAAGCAGGUGGUGUGUCCGCAAGUGAGAGCUAAUCAAGUGUGGAAAUUUGGGUUUUCGGUCUUAGACGCGUGGUCUAUACUGAUGUCUUUGCCUCGUACCUUUGGCUACGGCGAUCAGCGAAGGUAUAAUUAACAGAGGGCUUCUGGUUCAGUCGUCCUCGGUAUAUCCGC